AACCAAUACCAUCCUGCCAGUAUCCAAACCGGUCAGCCUGCAUCUGAGAACCCGCCUUCCGUGGUUCAGCCUGAUACCCUGAUGCCCGAUGACCCAGUGUACCCUACCCAGCUUGAUGUGUCUACCCAGCCUGAUGGUCCUAUUAUGCCAGAUGACUCGGUGCCCGCUGUCGAGCCAGACGAUCCAAUGCCUGAUGACCCGGUGCCCACUGUCGAGCCAGAUGACCCGAUGCCUGAUGACCCGGUGCCCGCUGUCGUGCCUGAUGACCCGGUGCCCGCUGUCGAACCAGAUGACCCGAUACCCGCUGUUGAGCCAGAUGACCUGAUGCCAGAUGAC